AUGACCGCUUGGGUUGCAGUUGUGCAACCGUGCAUCACUGCCAAUCCGCAACAAGUCGUCGUUUGGGUCGCGAGUCUGCCCUGCAUAGAGAACGGGGUGUCCGCUAGGCUCGCGCUGCACUACGUCGUGGUUCAUCUGUCGACGACCGACGAGCGUGAUGAACGGUUUGAUCGUGCAGUUUUGAAUAGACAACAGAAAGAGGCUGACGGAGUUGCACUGGAGGAAAGCGCGCUUUUGAGUUUCUCUGAAGCGACAGCGAACGGAAGCGCGAGCUCCGCACCUUGCGCACAUGCCGUUGGUGUGCACUGCCUGCUCAGCGCUGGCUGGGUGCGCUGGUGCGGCCUCUACCGUCACGGAGUACAGGUCUCGACCGACGAAGGUCAGACGUGCUGGAUCUUGCUGCCGUUCACGGACGACGACGCGUUUGAAGGGGAGCACUUGCAGCGAACGACGUACGUCGCUGCCUCGAAAGUAUCGCCACUGUGGCGCGUGCAAGCGACCACUUCGGAUAGCCUGCUAGUGUCUUCGUGUAUUCAGGUGAUUCGGACGCCAGCUACAGGUGCAAAGAGCUGGAACUACCGAGUUGUUGUGGAGGGUGCGCUCUUCGUCGCGCACGCUGGGAUAGUCGGAUCUGGAACAAAGCGCUCACUCCAGCAACCGCAACAGCAGCAACGUACACGCGCAGCUCACUUGGAACCAGGAGUACACGAGUCCGGCGAUGCAGACGUCGACGCACAUGAGCGCGGUCUGGCACCAUCAGAGGCUGCGGCUGCGUUGGAAACCCCGGCACGGCGAGCGGCUUCGCAGGAGAAUGGCUCCGGUGCUGGCGUGUUCCUGCAACAGCUACAGCAUCGUCUAGAGGCAGAAAUCGAAGCUUGGAUAGAUUCCAAGCGUUCGCUUAUGCUCAAAGAAGCAGUCGCACGGCGUGCAGCUGCAUGGGUUGCCACCAUGGAUCGCAGAGAAAUGGAGCGAAUGCGAGCAGCGCUGGAUAUCGACAGCAGCAGCACGUUGGACUCGACCGCGACCAUGCCGGAUGGGCAUGCGCCUGGCCAGUGCGACUCCAUUCCCGAGACUGCACAGAUGAUACCGAUGUGCCCCGCUUCGGAGCUAGAUAUGUUCCAUGAAACACGAGUUAUCGAUGCGUCAUCAGCGUCGAUGAAUGCGGAGCAGUCCGAUGUUACGGAUAUCAUGCUGGACUCGGAGCGAGCACCAUGCACGGUCUCGGGUACUGCCUCGAUGGCGAAGAGGCCGCGCGCAUCCCCACGGACGCUCACUGAGGAAGCAGCUGAGUCUCGCGAUGGUGAGCGUCCAGGCGCUACGUCACCGCGCUAUCGAAAAAUACCAUGUGUGGAUAUUCUCCGGCAGAAGCUGCUCUGGUCGCUGGACUGGUGGCAUGCGUUGCUUGUCGUGAGAGAUUGGCGGGAUGCUCGUGAGCCACUGACGGCGCUUGCGAAUUCGCGUCGCCUUCGGCUGGUUCUCAGCACACCACAGCGCAAUCUGGACGCUUUUGUUCGGUGUUACACUCCAGCGGUAGGCCCGGCUAGCGUGGACCAUCUUUUUAGCGUUGCCGCACCAGCGCACCAGGUCAGUGGACAUCUCAUCAUAUGCGGCCUCGUCUCUGACGUACCAACUGUUCGUUGCCAUAGCGUUCAAUCCAUACGUGUUCCAGAGACCAUGCUGGACCACGACAAGACGCACAGCGACGGGGCAUCGCACUCGGACAGGUUCGCACCGCCAGAUACGGUUUUCGAAAUGGUCGUUGUGUACCCGCCGGGAGCUCGCUACGCAGAGCGGAACCUUUGUCACUGGUGGCGCCGGCUACGCGAUGACGGCAGGGUCGUUCAUUCGGAACACGUUGCAGUAGAAGCCAUUGUUGAGCCGGACUUGGCCUUGCUCGUACUGCGUCCGCGCAUUCACCCGCCCGAGUCUGGUCUGACCCUUCCAGGUACGCAGCGUACGUUCGGAGCCCUUCUCAGGGAAGUUGCAGCUCGCAUUCGCAACAGCCUGCCUGCCGGGGGGCAUGUUCUUGCGCAAGGCCAGGUUACCACGUGUCUUCAGCUGCUGGACGCGCUUGAGUUGCAGAUUCAGAUGCACGUGAGGAAUGCUCUGCAAUCCCAAGCUUCCAGCACAGAGCCAAAAACGGAUGCGUGCAUUGCAGGUUUCGAGGAGCGCGACUUUGCCUGCUCUGGAUCCCAGAAGAUGAUCGACAUCGAUCGACUCAUCGCGCUGCUGGAGGAAACACUAGCACGCACCCGCUUGAGUGCUGACAGGGCAUAG